GGAGUCGUUGGCCGGCUCAGUUUCGAACUCCGAAUCGUGAUCCACUACGGUUAGAGACGACAUAGUCUCAUUAGACCACUCCAGCAAGUCCCACCCGUCUGAUCUCUUCGACAAAAUGGCCUCACCGUCAGAGCACAAGGCCACCAUAAUCGACGGCAAAGCCAUCGCCCAAACCAUACGCAAUGAAAUCGCCGCCGAAGUCCACCAUCUCUCCCAGAAAUUCAACAAGGUCCCGGGACUGGCUGUGGUGAUUGUGGGCAACAGGAAAGAUUCUCAAAGCUAUGUGGGUAUGAAGAGGAAGGCAUGUGCUGAGGUUGGGAUCAAGUCCUUUGACAUAGACCUUCAGGAGCAAGUGUCUGAAGCUGAGGUGGUCAGCAAGGUUCACGAGUUAAAUGCAAAUCCUGAUGUACACGGCAUAUUGGUGCAGCUCCCAUUGCCGAAGCAUAUAAAUGAAGAGAAAGUUCUGACUGAAAUCAGCAUUGAGAAGGAUGUAGAUGGCUUUCAUCCGCUGAACAUUGGCAAGCUCGCAAUGAAAGGCAGAGAACCUGUGUUCCUUCCUUGCACCCCAAAGGGAUGUAUCGAACUUCUGUCACGGAGUGGUAUAACUAUUAAGGGAAAGAAAGCGGUAGUGGUGGGCCGAAGUAACAUAGUUGGAUUGCCAGUUUCAUUACUGCUUCUAAAAGCAGAUGCUACAGUUACCGUAGUCCAUUCACAUUCUCAUGACCCUGAAAGUAUCAUUCGUGAAGCGGACAUCAUUAUUGCAGCAGCAGGACAGGCAAUGAUGAUCAAGGGUAGUUGGAUCAAACCUGGUGCUGCAGUUAUUGAUGUUGGGACAAAUGCUAUUGACGAUCCGAGUAAGAAGUCAGGUUAUAGGCUAGUUGGAGACGUUGAUUUCAAGGAAGCCUGCAAAGUAGCUGGAUGGAUAACUCCUGUUCCGGGUGGUGUUGGCCCAAUGACUGUUGCAAUGCUACUCAAGAAUACUUUGGAUGGUGCCAAGCGUGUGAUGGAACAUUGAAGCCAUGCCUUUAUUCACGUCAUAAUUAGAUGCUGCUCAUGCGAUGCAGUUUUGAAGGACCAUUUUUUUUUUUUUAAUUUUUUUUUUAAAUAUUUAUCAUUAGAUCGUUAUUUUGUUUCCUUGGUACAAUCAUAUUGUUGUAUUUUGCUUCUGCUUGUAUGAAUGUUAUUCAUCAAGGAACUUUGUUUCAACAACAA